CACCGGGUGCUGGAAGCUGUGGGCGCCGCUCGGCGGGGCGCUGCGGAGUGCAGAGGACACGCGCCGCCGUUUCCCCGGAGCGCGUCCCUGGCCGAGAUGUCGUCAGUCCCGAGUCACUGGUCCUCGCCCUGGAAGCUUACAGUCUCAGAUCUUCAGAUCAUCAGGGAAACUUUGCAGGAGACUAUGACUUCCUAGCUCCGGCGCAAUGAGGGCUGGAACUCCUCCCUCCCUGAGCCUCUCUGCCUGUGCUAGCCAGGGGCCUCCACAUCAUGCCUUUCCCUUCCCCUCCAUCGUUGGCGACAUCUAUUUUCCAGGUAGGCGGGGAGCUUCAAAGCCCCUUUUCCUCCAUCUUGAGGCGGACCUGACUUAGCAAGAAACCAAAAGUCCGGCACAGAACUGUAAAUGCUUGAGGGGAAAGAGAGAGACAUGCCACUUACCCUGAUCCAGUCAUGACAGAGGGCAUGCAAAGCACAAACUUCAGGAAAAAGCUUGACUUUGGCCACUACAUAUUACACAAGAAUAGAGUACAGAUAGUGAAGCCUGCCGUCGACACCAAACCUCCAAUGGCGCACACACAUUACAUUUUAAAACUGAGCAAACUCCAGGGCGAGCAAAAGAGAAUCGACAAAAUUGAGUACGAAAAUAAACAACUGUGUCAGAAAAUCGCCAAUGCCUAUCGCGGCCCGGCCCACGUGGACUGCUGGAACGAAUAUCUUUCAAAAAGCUUAAACAGAGAAGCAAGGAACCGUGAGCUAGUGAGAAUCACCAUGGAAAACCAGGGCAUUCUGAGGAGGCUGGGUGACCGCAAGCCCCACUAUGACCGCAAGUCAUCGGAAGUGGACUGGCAGAAUUCAAGACGCUACAUCAAAAACACAACAAGAUAUCUUCUUUCCCAAGAAUAGGUUGCUCAUGGUGGGGGAAAAAAAAGACACAGAGAAGACCCUAACAUUUCUUGGCUGCUCAGGAUGUCAAGACACUGCAGUGACCUCAAGUCCCAAAUUACAAUAAAGCCUGGCACGAAAAAUAGGGUAGACAAAUGGAGGGACCAGAAGAGCCUCUUAUUUUUAUUCUGUGCGUGCGCAUGUGUAUUCGUAGGAGGAUAUGCACCUGUGUGUGUGUGUAUGUGUGCAUGUGUGUGUGUGUGUGUGUGUGUGCACACGAGCGCGCAUAUGUGUGGAGGCCCAGGCUGACAUUCAGCGUCUUCUUUGAGAUGGGGUCCCUCACUGAAGCCAGAGCUCACUGAUUUGAGAGCAAGGCUGGCUGGCCAAUGGGCUCCAGGGAUCUGCCUGUCUCUGCCACUCCCACACCCGGCUCACACGUGGGUGCUUGGCGAUCCAAACUUGGGCCCGCAGCUUGCGCUGGAAGCCCUCGACUGAAUCAUCGCCUCAGCUCCUGGUUUGUAUUUAUAUACGGCCUUGAACUUGCUAACUGGCUGAGGGUGGUAGCCUUGCAUUCGUGAUUCUCCUCGCUUCGCCUCCCUCGUGCUGGGAUUGCAGGCGUAGGGCGCCAUGCUGGAUUUAUACCGUACUGGGCAUCAGACCCAGGGGCUUCCGACUUCACCGCAUCUCUAGUUCCCACUCCCGUCAACGUUUAUGCUUAUCCCCUCUGACUGGGGAAAAAAAUAUAUGAUUCUUUCUCUUUG